UUGGCACAGAAAAACCUAUUACGCUUGUGUCACGGAUGGGAUACACUACAUGACACCUACGAUGUCUAUUUAUAUUUUUACAAAUGGCGUCCAAUCCUCCCGAGCCUUACCUCACAGGGAGAACAUCAGCCCUUAAAGUGGAGGAGAUUGUACACAUUCUGAGGAUUCCAGAUGAGAGCAAGGUCAUCCAGACAGCGCCCGUCACACCCCAGGGAGGGGAGGUGUACCUCUACAAGAUUACCUCGCGUAUGAGAGAAGAUAUCUGGAAGGACGACAGAUAUCACUUCAGGAGUGAUGGAACCCGGAAGCAGCCUGCCUCCAGUCCACUCAUAGUGAAGCAGUACCACAAGGCUUACACCAAGGACAAGAUGACAACAAGGGCGUUUGUCAGAGAAGCAUCCUAUCUGUACGACCAGCCUGUGAAACACGUCCUUGUGCAGUACAUCGGGGACCACACGCAGGCACAACCUGCUCCUCAACGUAAGCGGCGUGGUCGACAACCACGUCAUUCCCAUGGUUCCCCUAAAUAUAUGAAAGCUGAGUCAACUAAUGAAACUGUGCAGCCGGGUGUUUCGGGAAACACCGAUGCCACCCUGGAGCUUGAAGGCCAUUCAUCACCAAAGGAACUUGAGGAAAAAGGAAAUUUAGAUACGGUUUCAAGUGUUAUAUUGAAUGAUGCUACUCCCAGUAUACAAAGUGUGUCGCGGACAUCUGUCCAUGAAACAGGAAAUGAUCACGACACAAACCAGAAACGCUGCAGGACUAUAGAUAAUAUAUGUGAUGAUGAUGACAUUGAAUAUUUGGGUUCAACAUCAGGCUCCUCGGUCAAGAAACCCCGUUUACAGUCUCGAGCAGGAAGUGACAACACAGUUGUAAGCUAUGACACUACCACUGACUAUGCUUACUUGUACAGAUUUCUGGAAAGAGUAGAAAAGAGCCGGGAUGUGAUAAAGGUCGUACAACGAGUCCUGGCAUUAUCUAGGUUCUGGAACAAGGGCUGUACCAACAAAAGCAAUUCGUGCUGGACACUCAUAGAAGAGGUAGAGAAACAGUGGCCUCAAGAUGCAAUAAAAGCAAGGAACUGGGUAAAAUGUUCUGUGAAUACUGACGCUCUGAGCUUCAACCAAGACCGGUUAGUCUAUAUAAAGCUCAUAGCUGCAGUGCUUGUUGGAGCGUGUCAUACCAGAACUGAAGUACAGGACUUUGUGAAAACACUGGAUGAUCAUCCAUCACACCUACAGCAUGUGCAGGACUGUACCCUGUCACGUGACUGUACAUACACAGUUGGCUGCUACACCAUCAGAGGAGAUGUUCUGUCUCGCCUGGAAACCAACGAGUGGCUGACCGACGAAAUCAUAGACACCUACCUGCACCAUCUGGAAAGAGAGUGGUGUUCCCGUGUCAGCUUCCACUGCUUGGUGCUGCCUACAGAGACAGUGAUAUUGUGGGAGGCUGGCCAGUACACAGAGAGGAUAAGAGGGAAAGAUGAGAAUUUGGCAAACUACACGUGGAUCUUGAUGCCAGUGAACAUGCCACGUAAUCAACACUGGGUGCUUCUGGUGGCUAAUGUCAAGGAUGGAACAGUGGGGGUAGUCAAUUCUAAACCAGCUUUAGAUGUGGAGGACUCAGUUGUGACACACUGGAGGUCAUUUGUAAAUCACUGGAAAUCUACAUCCGGGAAAGUGGGCAAACCGUGGCUGAAGAAACAAUACCUAGUGAUAGACCAGGCUGAUGGACACAAUUGUGGGAUAUUCGUCCUCAUGGCUGCUGAUGCCCUUUUGGCGGAGAUGUCUCCAGGAAUAAUGAGGAACCACCAUGCAGAGAAGUACAGGCUGUAUGUACUACAGAGGAUACUACAGCAUGCCAAGACGGAUAUACAAAGAGGAGGAAAUCACACCUUUGAAAUGGAUGUCACAGACAAUACUCAACAUUCUGAGACUGUGACGGAAGGAAAUAUACUGGAAAGAAGCUAUACAACAGAAACAAAACAGGGUCAAGUCAUUGAAACAGUUGUACAACAUCAUGACACUUUUGUCGAAUCCGACGGUGCUAUGGCCACUGAUAAAGAUGCAGAUGAAUACCCAUGUCUCAAUGAACACCUGUCACAGAAGCGGUUGAUGGCAUGUUUGUUAAUUGUUGCUUUGGCGGGGAAUAACCUGAAGAAGAGGUUGCUACGGGCAGGUUCUGACACAGGAACAAGAGUGGAAAGAGAAACCUACAACCGAUACAUUGCUUGGGCGCUCAAGGUUUUCGACAUCAAUGCAGACACAUACACUAAGAAGAUGAUACAAAAUGAUUUAACACAAUUGUCAGGAUGCUGUCUAUGUCAGGAGGCUGGAUCAUACAGAAUAAGAAACCAAAACGUAGCAAUAAGGCUAAGAGACCUACUGCUCAGCGAUCUGAGACAAUUGAUUGCAAAGAUGGACUUGGAGUUUAUAUUUCGUUAUGUGAGUUCAAGAGCUGAAUCCACUGAGGUGGAAGAAGUAGAUAUCCCCUUCCAAAUUGAAUUGAAGCAAGAUGUUGUACCUGUUGUAGCUCAACGUUUUGCGGCAGCCAUUCAGGGCAGAGAGUUUGCUUUUGUGUGCAUGCAUUCUCUCUUUCAGGAAGAGACAUUUGUCGAUAUGGUCUUUGAGAAUCUGGUGCAAAAUCUGAACAAGGACAAUUCUACUCUCUUGAAAUUAUUGUCCCGUAAUGACACUGUACAUGGACAGUCCUUUCUGUUUUGGACGAGCAUUACAGACAACUCGAAAUUGUUGCGGAAGGCUUUGUCCACUGUUCAAUUUAGUGUACAUAACAGAAAGCAAGCUUUGUUUGGAAGUUGCUUUGGUAGUAGUUCAGACAACUUCGAUUACUUGCUUUCCGAAUGUAAUUGUAAGUUGAAUAAGUUGUGUAUGACAUUGCGCAAUCUUCCAAGACCUCUUAUCAUCAAACUGGAAUUGGAAGUUGUAGAUGAUCUUGGGGUGAAGUUUGACAAUAUUUCCUUGCUUGACAUUGCGUGUAUGAGUGGACUGUCUGCAGUGGCUUCCAGACUCUUGCAUGUAACGAAGGCAAUGAACUUGAAUAGGUCAAGAAAGGCAACAUAUGUACAUUAUGCAUCUAUGUGCCAACGGGGCAGCAAUAUUAUCGGUACAAUUAUAAAGAUGGGACAUUCUAGCAUAAAGAUCAUAGGUCCGGGAGGAUCAACACCUUUACAUUACGCAUGUGCAGUAGGAAAUGUUGGCAUUGUAAGCAUUUUGUUGCAGGAAGCAGUGGAUACUGGAAAGCGAAACAUUAGGGGUGAAACUGGGCUUCAUUUGGCAUGUUUAUAUGGGAAUUUAGAAGUUGUUAAACUGUUAUUACAAACAAAAGGAACAACAACUGAGACAGAUAACGAUGGCAACACACCUCUACAUGAUGCAUCCUAUGAGGGACAUAGAGAGGUUGUAGAAGUGUUAUUGAAGAACAAGGCAAAUGUGGAUGCGAAACGCGAUGAUGUCCGCACAGCUCUACAUGUUGCAGCCUGGCAGGGACAUACAGAGGUUGUAGAAGUGUUAUUGAAGAACAAGGCGAAUGUGGAUGAGAAAAGCGUUGAUGGCCGCACACCUCUACAUGAUGCAGCCUGGCAGGGACACACAGAGGUUGUAGAAGUGUUAUUGAAGAACAAGGCAAAUGUGGAUGCGAAACGCGUUGAUGUCCGCACACCUCUACAUGAUGCAGCCUGGCAUGGACACACAGAGGUUGUAGAAGUGUUAUUGAAGAACAAGGCAAAUGUGGAUUCGAAACGCGAUGAUGUCCGCACACCUCUACAUAGAGCAGCCUGGCAGGGACAUACAGAGGUUGUAGAAGUGUUAUUGAAGAACAAGGCAAAUGUGGAUGCGAAACGCGAUGAUGUCCGCACACCUCUACAUAAUGCAGCCUGGCAGGGACAUACAGAGGUUGUAGAAGUGUUAUUGAAGAACAAGGCGAAUGUGGAUGAGAAAAGCGUUGAUGGCGACACACCUCUACAUGAUGCAGCCUGGCAGGGACACACAGAGGUUGUAGAAGUGUUAUUGAAGAACAAGGCAAAUGUGGAUGCGAAACGCGAUGAUGGCGACACACCUCUACAUGAUGCAGCCUGGCAGGGACAUACAGAGAAUGUAGAAGUGUUAUUGAAGAACAAGGCAAAUGUGGAUGAGAAAAGCGUUGAUUGCCGCACACCUCUACAUGAUGCAGCCUGGCAGGGACAUACAGAGGUUGUAGAAGUGUUAUUGAAGAACAAGGCAAAUGUGGAUGCGAAACGCGAUGAUGGCGACACACCUCUACAUGAUGCAGCCUGGCAGGGACAUACAGAGGUUGUAGAAGUGUUAUUGAAGAACAAGGCAAAUGUGGAUGCGAAACGCGAUGAUGGGGGCACACCUCUACAUGGAGCAGCCUGGCAGGGACAUACAGAGGUUGUAGAGGUGUUAUUGAAGAACAAGGCAAAUGUGGAUGAGAAAAGCGGUGAUGACCGCACACCCCUACAUAGAGCAGCCUGGCAGGGACAUACAGAGGUUGUAGAAGUGUUAUUGAAGAACAAGGCAAAUGUGGAUGCGAAACGCGAUGAUGGCAGCACACCCCUACAUGUUGCAGCUUGGCACGGACAUCAAGAGGUUGUUAAGGUGCUGUUGAAAAACGGGGCUAAUGUCCAUGAGAAGGAUUGUAAUGAAGAAACUGCUUUACAGAAAGCAAAGGCCCGUCAUUACGAUGACAUUGCAAGGACUUUAACCGAGGCAGCAAAUAAACAUGACCUGACACCGAACCUUGGUUCAGUUCCACACGGAAGCUAUACUGGCAGUGGUCUUCUUAUACCGGCACAACCAUCAACACAUUGUCCUGUAAACCUCACACAAGUUGAGGUGCGAGGGUUUUUUGUUCCGAGUGAACAGGGAGAAAUAUUUUCCAAAGACUUGCAGCUUGGUUCGUACAAGAGAGGCAUUGCCCUUCAGUCAGGGCAACUCCAUCCUGAAAACGCGAAUCCUAACAGCCCACAUCCAGAUGCUGCACAUAUAGACAUAUCUUCACUCAGUCAAACACCAGGGUCUAUACAAGGAAACUACAAUCAUGAUCCGACCGUAGUGCAUAUUCCAGGAGGCAGUGAUCCACUGGCGAGUUCAAAUACCACCAGUGUUUCUGAGUGUACCAUCACUCACUACACCGAGAGUGGGGAGGCCAUAGUGCUGCAACCGCUCUAAAGUAGGGAUACAAACAGCUUGAAAUUUUUAUUAUAGCAACCAGCUGUACAUGGCUUUCCAACCUUAGUCUUUCGAAGUAGACAUGCAGAAAGCAGGGAGAUUAUGUGUGAUAUGUGUAGAUUUAGUUUCAGUGUUUUGAUAAGCAUAUCAGUUUCAGAAAAAGCCCUGCACAAUACGUAUGCUGUUGCAAUAGUAUAUUUGAUGCUAUAAAUAGUUGAUGGUAUGUGCCAUCUGGUCAUCCACCGGAUGAGUUCUUUUGAGUGCACUGGGAAUCUACUGUAUACUAGAGGUUGAUACAACACUGGCAACACUCAAAUCACCUUUAAACAUUGUUGGUCCAUAGGCUGAUGAACGAUCAGGUUCUUAGCGGGAUAAGAUCUCAGCAUAUGUUAGCCUGGUUAUUAUAGAGCAACAAUAUAGAAAAAUGAUUGUGCCAUUAUAUCUUGCAUAACAAACUCUGCAAUUGGAAACAAUAUUGCUCUCAUAUGUUGUAUAUAGCUUUGAAAUGUGUAUGGAACUAUUAUUAAGUAAAUACCUUUACUUUAUCAGAUUGUCAACAAGUGAAAAUAGAAACAUUUAAAUUUAAGUACUAAAUAGCAUGUUAUUAGAUGAUGUCGUAAAUUACUAUAAAGGGUUGUGUUUUGUAUAACAAGGACGGUGGACAUAUAUUUAUUCUAUGCUUUGCAUUAUCCUCUAGAUCGUGUUGAAAGAAUUGGAAGAUGUUAUUUGUGAUGUUUUGUAAAAGUAAAGCAAAUCAUGUCCAAUAAUUUUGUAUCGAGUUGAUGAAGCCCAUUUCUGGUGCCCCCUCCCGCCGUGAUAUUGCUGGAAUAUUGCUAAAAGCGGAGCAAAACUCAUUGAGUUGAAUGACCACUACAGCAACGCCACAGAAAAAAAACAAACGUUUAUGCUGCUAGAGAAAUGACUUUGUGUCAGUUUAACUUGUUAUUACUUACAUUGGAUAUCGUUGACAUUUCAGCAUGUAAUAUUGAAACUUUGCGAAGCAUUGUUAUAGGUUCAUUCAUAGUGUCAUCAGAUAACGUGUUUCGUGUUUUCUCAGCAUUACCCAAAACGGAAUUUGUUUCUGCAAGACUGGGGGGCACUGACGUUCUAUAUUAUGAAAAUGAAUCAGUUUACCAGUGUAUUGUUUUAAAGAAUGCGAAAAGAUGUUCAAGAUUUAACAAGAAUUUAAGAAUGGAUCACGUUCUUCAUUUAAGAUAUUCAAGUGUGAUAAUUUUACAAAUUUAUGUUAUAGGGACUGUGACUGUAAACUGUGGGUUUCAAUAAAAUGUGUAAAGAAUU